UACAAAUAUUAACACACUACAAUUAUACCGCUAAUAAUUCAUCACCAAAUCAGAGAGGAAAAUGAUGGAAAACAAGCGCACAUUCGACUUGGUUUCAGACGACUCCGAUCACCGAUUCCGCCACUACAACAUCCACAAAAACUGCUUCACAGAUUCAAAUAGCUUUGCGUACAGAAGAAUCAUGAAUGAGUGGAAAGUCCUUGCAAAAGACCUCCCAGAUUCCAUCCACGUUAGAGUCUACGAACACCACGUCGAUAUACUCCGCGCCGUCAUUGUCGGCUCCCCCGGUACACCCUACCAGGACGGUCUCUUCUUCUUCGACAUCGCGCUCCCCAAAAUUUACCCAUUCAGACCACCAAAGAUCCAUUACAUCUCAUUCGGGUACCGACUCAACCCGAAUCUCUACCCCGCCGGCACCGUUUGCUUAGGCAUCCCCAAAACAUGGAAGGUUAAUACAUUCAAGAGCUGGAGCCCAGCUAGGACUUUACUUAAGGUUUUACUUUCUAUUCAAGCAAUCGUUCUUAACGAGAAGCCACUCUUUAACGAUCCUGCUUACCGUCUUUCUGAUUACUCUCUUUUGGAAUCCAAGGCACGUGCUUACAACGCAUCCGUUUUCGUUCUCACGUGCUACUCCUCGGUUUGCCUCAUUCGGAAACCACCUAAAAACCUCGAGGAGUUCGUUGAACAACACUUUCGCGAUCGAGGGCAUGUUCUUCUCGCCGCGUGUGAACAUUACGGUUAUAACAGCAGCAACAAUAGCAUGGCGGUUGUUGAAGUUACAGAGUCUUUUCAGGCGUCGUUACAGAUUGUUUACCGGAAUAUGUACAAGAAGUUUCUAGAAUGUGGCGCUUCCUUGGAGGGUUUCGUUGAAGAGUUGAAGGUGGAAAGACAAGUAAAAGGCAAAAGAUCCAAUGGUGUGAAAGGAAUCUUAAAGAAAGCUACGGGGAAGAUCCAACGAGCUUUGGGAUGGUAGAAGAAAGCCAAGAAGGACACUAUUGCUAUUGUAUUAUCUUUUCACAUGUUUUUGUAUCACCUUUGAAAAUGUUUUGAUUAUAUCUAAUUAAAAUAAGAUGUAAUUUAUUAAAAGUAUAAGAAAAAAUGGAAAUAGUAUAAUUUGGUUUUAAA